AUGGGACUACUUGACCAGGUGGAAGCUUUGCGGUGGGUCCAGGAGCACAUCCACAACUUUGGGGGCGACUCCAAGUCGGUCACCAUAUUUGGAGAGUCUGCUGGUGGAGUGAGUGUAUCAUUACUGGUGAGGACACAAACACACACACACACACACACACAAACAGAAGCACACACACAUAUACACUCACAUAUUGUUUGUGCUUUUGAAUAGGCUCUUAACAUUGUCGUUUUUUUAUCGCUAGCUUCAUUCACCGUUGUCUGCUGGUCUGUUCCAUCAUGCGAUAGCUGAGAGUGGUACUGCAGCUAUGGAACCUAUCAUAAAUUCCGACCCCUUGUCUGUGGCCCAGGUAUUUUCAAACUCUGUCUCUCCACCAAAAGAAAGGUAAACACAGUCAUAGGUCUACCUCACACCAUCAAUAUCCUAUUUUUCAUCACAACCAUGGCAAGUGAUUAUUAUGUUUGUCUCAUAGAUGGUGGCAACCAUAUUGGGCUGUAACAGCAACAACACAGAGCAGAUUGCAGACUGUGUGGAGAAGUUGACUGCUGAUGACAUAGUUAAUGUUCAUAAACAGGUGAGAUGUCCUGGACACCAGAAUGAUUUGAGCACUGUUCUCUGAUACAAAAGCCACAACAAACUUUUAGGCUCAGUUAUAUUUUCAUUUUUGUCUUAAAAAAAAAAAAAUCAGUAGGGGUCUCAAUUUACUAUUGAGAGUAAGAAUAGUAGAACACACCAGGUGCCAUUUUCUCUUGUUAUGCCAGUCACUGACAGUCACUCAAUUAGCCAUGUCAGCUAACAAUUUUUAGAUUGGUAGUUAGUCUAGCCAGCUAUCUAAACUUGUAGUAAUCAUGGCCGUAUACCGACGGGGCACGCAGGGCACAUUCCCAGGGUCCCUGACCUUCAGGGGUCCCCCAUUGAUUUUGUUAGUAAUUUUCACUCAGAUAUCACAUUAACAUGGCAUAAGUUAUUACAAAAUGUGUAGAAUUGCAGGAAAUCUGCUUUAAAACUGCAACAAUUUAUCUCCAUCCCCCAGAAUUGCAGAACAUUAUAUGUAAAAAUAAACAAUUUCUCUUUGACCCAUGGCAAAAUGAGUAUAUUUGCUUGACAUUUGUUCUAAAAUUGCAACAUUUUCUCUCCACCCCAUGGAAAAAUGUGUAGAAUUGCAGAACAUUUGCUUUAAAACUGCAAAAUUUUCUCUACACCCCAUGGCAAAAUGUGUAGAAUUGCUGGAAAUGUACUUUAAAACAAAAAUAUUUAUCUCCACCAUCAAGAGGGGGGCCACCAAAAUGUUUUGCCACAAGGUGUGAGGCCCCCCAACCAAAUCUCGCUUAGGGCCCCCAAAAGGCUAAAGCCGGCCCUGUAUUUGCAGUAAGCAACAUUUACAUUUUUACAUUUUAGUCAUUUAGCAGACGCUCUUAUCCAGAGCGACUUACAGUUAGUGAGUGCAUAUGAAUUAUACUAAAAACAUAGCCUACAGUGUUUUCCAGCGAGCCAUGUUUGUGAGCGAGUACUGAGCCUAACUUUCCCCUUAGGCAUACUGCUUGAAUGCAGUGUGACUUUUCAGUUUUAUCUGGCAACGCCUGAAUAAUUAUGUUCUCAACAUCUGUCUUUUUAAAGAACAAAAUGUUGCGAAUUGGUGUGACUGUUGACGGGCAUUUCCUGCCCAAGUUGUUGACUGAGAGUUUCCAAAACCAUGAGAUGCACAAGGUGCCAUUUAUGACGGGCACCAAUACUGACGAAGGUUGGCUACUGGCGAACGUAAGUCAGCUUUGAACAUGUAUUUCAAUAUGUAUAACAACUGAAUAUUGGAUGUGAUAUUUUACGUGACUUGGAUAGCACUUUAAGUUAAGAUCAUUAAGUUAACAACAUAAAGUUGUUAUUUCUGCUGUUUAGGAAUGGUUUCAACAACUACAGGUAAAAGUCAGUAAAUUAGAAUAUUUUGAAAAACUUGAUUUAUUUCAGUAAUUGCAUUCAAAAGGUGUAACUUGUACAUUAUAUUUAUUCAUUGCACACAGACUGAUGCAUUCAAAUGUUUAUUUCAUUUAAUUUUGAUGAUUUGAAGUGGCAACAAAUGAAAAUCCAAAAUUCCGUGUGUCACAAAAUUAGAAUAUUACUUAAGGCUAAUACAAAAAAGGGAUUUUUUAGAAAUGUUGGCCAACUGAAAAGUAUGAAAAUGAAAAAUAUGAGCAUGUACAAUACUCAAUACUUGGUUGGAGCUCCUUUUGCCUCAAUUACUGCAUUAAUGCGGCGUGGCAUGGAGUCGAUGAGUUUCUGGCACUGCUCAGGUGUUAUGAGAGCCCAGGUUGCUCUGAUAGUGGCCUUCAACUCUUCUGCGUUGUUGGGUCUGGCAUUCUGCAUCUUCCUUUUCACAAUACCCCACAGAUUUUCUAUGGGGCUAAGGUCAGGGGAGUUGGCUGGCCAAUUUAGAACAGAAAUACCAUGGUCCGUAAACCAGGCACGGGUAGAUUUUGCGCUGUGUGCAGGCGCCAAGUCCUGUUGGAACCUGAAAUCUCCAUCUCCAUAGAGCAGGUCAGCAGCAGGAAGCAUGAAGUGCUCUAAAACUUGCUGGUAGACGGCUGCGUUGACCCUUGAUCUCAGGAAACAGAGUGGACCGACACCAGCAGAUGACAUGGCACCCCAAACCAUCACUGAUGGUGGAAACUUUACACUAGACUUCAGGCAACGUGGAUCCUGUGCCUCUCCUGUCUUCCUCCAGACUCUGGGACCUCGAUUUCCAAAGGAAAUGCAAAAUUUGCUUUCGUCAGAAAACAUGACUUUAGACCACUCAGCAGCAGUCCAGCUCUUUUUUUCCUUAGCCCAGGUGAGACGCUUUUCGCGCUGUUUCUUGGUCAACAGUGGCUUGACACGAGGUAUGCGGCAGUUGAAACCCAUGUCUUUCAAGCGUCUCUUGGUGGUGGAUCUUGAAGCCCUGACUCCAGCAGCUGUCCACUCCUUGUGAAUCUCCCCCACAUUUUUGAAUGGGUUUUUUUUUCACAAUCUUGACUAGGGCGCGGUGAUCCCUAUCGCUUGUACACUUUUUCUGACCACAGUUUUUCCUUCCCUUUGCCUCUCUAUUAAUGUGUUUGGACACAGAGCUCUGAGAACAGCCAGCCUCUUCUGCAAUAACCUUUUGUGUCUUUCCCUCCUUGUGCAAUGUGUCGAUGGUCGCCUUUUGGACAGCUGUCAAAUCUGAAGUCUUCCCCAUGUUUGUGUAGGCUUCAGAACUGGACUGAGAGACCAUUUAAAGCCCUUUGCAGGUGUUUUGAGUUAAUCAGCUGAUUAUUUUGUGGCACCAGGUGUCUUCAAAAUGUAACCCUUACACAAUAUUCUAAUUUUGUGACACACGGAAUUUUGGAUUUUCAUUUGUUGCCACUUCAAAUCAUCAAAAUUAAAUGAAAUAAACAUUUGAAUGCAUCAGUCUGUGUGCAAUGAAUAAAUAUAAUGUACAAGUUACACCUUUUGAAUGCAAUUACUGAAAUAAAUCAAGUUUUUCAAAAUAUUCUAAUUUACUGACUUUUACCUGUAUAGUAACAGCUUUAGGUUAUAUUAACAUGUUAUAUCGUUCUUUAGCAAUUGCUUUUCAAAUGCAUAGGAAUGUAGUCGUUUUUUAAAAUUAAUAUACAAGUGGAAUGAGGGAGAGUCACUAUUUCACUUUUAUACACAAUUACAAUGCUCUUACCAAAGUACUGUGUAAGAUGAUAAUACAAUGUUGUUACUAUGGAGAGUAACACAUGUUUAAAGGGAUAGUUUGGGAUUUUUGCAAUGCCCCUUUAUCUACUUCCCUAGAGUCAGAUGAACUUGUGGAUACCAUUUUUAUGUAUCUGCAUCCAGUAUAAAGGUACUUAGAGGUAGUUUCGCAAGCCAAUGCUAAGUAGCAUGCUAGCUGUUCACAUAGACUUCAAGUCAUUGCGCUAACACUAGUUAGCAAUUGCGUUAAGCUAGUUAGCAACUUCCUUCAAACUGUAUGCAGAUGCAUAAAAAUGGUAUCCACGACUUCAUCUGACUCUGGGGAAGUAGAUAAAGGGCCUCAUUGCAAAAAUCCACAACUAUCCCUUUAAGAGUAACUUAACGUAAAGUGUCACUGUGACUUGAUUUUCAUUUUCCAAUUGCAAUGGUUGAAUGUUGUACUCCCUGUACUCCCUAGAUGAUGGCACCUCCUGGUUGGGUGGAUGGAAUAGACCGGGAUCAGGUCAUGCCUCUUCUGGCAUUAUGUUACCCUGAUGUAAGUAUAUGCAGUCACACCUGCCAAGAAAUUGCUCAGAUGAAAUGCCUCAUUACUGAUUACAAUACAUGAUGUGGCUUCACUGAAUGGUCUUUGUCUCCUUCAGCCCAAGGAUCAGUGGAUAACUGAGCUGAUAGCAGAUGAAUACCUGGGAACCUCUGGAGAUCGGAUUAAAAACCGUGAUGGGUUCACUGAGCUGGUUGGGGAUGCUUUGUUUACCAUUCCUGCUCUUACGACAGCAGGCUUCCACAGAGGUAAGCUCAGGAGUCAAUGACAUUAAAGUGGAUGUAGAUGUUUCCUCACCCUGAAAUUAGUGUAUGGGCCGGGAGAAACUCUAAUCCAUGUUUUUUUUUUUUUUAAACAGCCGCUACAAACGUAAACUAACUUUAGCCACCGCUAGCUAAAAUCAAUGGAAGUGAUAGGGGCAACCGUCCAAUAUUGUACAUUUCAUCAUGACCAAAUCAACAAAAAUCAACUCCAUCUAACAUCAAAUAAAAUUCAAAUACAUUUUUAUUGGUUGCAUACACAUAUUUAGCAGAUGUUAUUGCGGGUGUAGUGAAAUGCUUGUAAAUCAAGUUAUAAAAUUCGGAACUUCCACUUUUUACUCUAUUAAUUAUUAGAGGUUCAAGCGGCUAAACUGGGUGAAACCGUAUUACAUUUGUUGCCGUUUAUUAUUAUUAAUCCGGUUCUGCCAAAAUUUGGUGAAAAUAUGCAAAUUCCCGUGAGAUAAUAAGGAGGAUGCAACCCUGCAUGGUGGUAAAGGACCAUGGGCCACACCCUCUCAUGCAAUGCCAUGCUAAUUGGCCACAUGGUGGCGCUAUUACAAGCAAUUAAAAAUGCACAUUUUUGAAAGGUCACGCCCUCACCCGGUGUGACCUAGAGUCCUGAAAUUUGGUAUAUUUAUCCAUCUCUUCACAUUAAACAAAAAAGGAUCAAAUAUGAUGGAUUUUACUCCAUUUUGAAUUUAGUGGAAAACACUUAAAACGCUACUCCUCUGGCACCGAAUGACCGAUCUGCACGAAACUUGAUAUAUGGCAUCAAUGGACCAAGGUAAGUCAACACAAUAUUUUCCAGGCUAGCAUCUCAAACAACAUGGCCGCUACUUACCAAUAAACAUUAAUGUGGCCGUGGUCUGGCACAUAAAUGCAUAUAAAUCAGACACGGAUAUUAGUAUUUUAACAAAACUUGAUACACAUCUUCCAAACACUGAUAAGACUCAACAUAAGCACACACAUUGAGAUCCACCACACAAUGGUGCUAUAUCUCUUGAUCUAUUUGACUCGGCGAUGACAUUUUUCAAACAUGCUCAGGGAUGUGAGUCUAGGUUUGACCUUAUGGUGGCGCUGUUGGACAGGAAAAACAAUAAUACAAGCUCAUUGGCUUAUAGCGGCCAUGUUGUUUAAGGUAGAGUCUUGGGAAAAAAAUAUGUGUGUCCAUAGAUGCUAUUGUGAUGAGGUGUGAAGGAAGGAGUUAGGCGCAGGAGGUAAAAUACCGAAGUCAAGAGUUUAUUCCGUUUACAUAAAUCAAACACUCCCAGCAUGAAAACGAAACUAAUAUAAGGGAAAAUAUUCCACCUUGGCAAGUACAAAUGGAAGCUCAACCGAGCUACUCGCUCUCAAAAUAAACAAUCACUCACAAAGACAAGGGAAACAGAGGGAACACUUAUACACAUACUAAUUAGGGGAAUGAGCACCGGGUGUGUGUGAUUGACAAGACAAGACAUGACAAGUGGAGUGAUGAGAAUGGGAUCGGCAGUAGCUAGUAAGCCGGUGACGACGAACGCCGAAACCUGCCCGCACAAGGAGGGGAGGCAGCCUCGGCGGAAGUCGUGACAGUACCCCCCCCCCCCCCCCUUGACGCGCGGCUCCAGCAGUGCGCCAACCCCGGCCUCGGGGACGGACAGGAGGACGUGGAGAAGGCUGAGUCAGAUGGCGACGGUGGAAAUCCCUCAACAGGGAGGGAUCGAGGAUGUCCCUCCUUGGGACCCAGCACAGUUCCUACGGACCGUACCCCUACCACUCCAUGAGAUACUGAAGGCCCCCCACCCGACGCCUCGAAUCCAGUAUGGAACGGACUGAGUACGCCGGGGCCCCCUCGAUGUCCAGAGGAGGUGGAGGAACCUCCCGCACCUCAGACUCCUGGAGUGGACCAGCUACCACCGGCCUGAGGAGAAACACAUGAAAGAAGGGGUUAAUACAGUAAUCAGUGGGGAGUAACAUGCUGUAAGUUACCUCGUUUAUCCUCCUCAGGACUUUAAACGGCCCCACAAACCGCGGGCUCAGCUUCCGGCAGGACAGGCGGAGGGGUAGAUUCCGGGUCGAGAGCCAGACCCGAUCCCCCGGUACGAAAACCGGGGCCUCCCUGCGGUGGCGGUCAGCGUUCGCCUUCUGACGACGCACGGCGCGCUGGAGGCGAACGUGGGCAGCGUCCCAAGUCUCCUCCACGCGCCGAAACAAGUCAUCCACCGCAGGAGCAUUGUUCUGGCUCUGGUGCCUAUCCCUACCUCGGACGCAUCCACCUCCACUACGAAUGGUAGUGAUGGAUCGGGGUGAGCCAGUACCGGGGCGGAGGUGAACAGAUCCCGCAAUCUACUGAAGGCCAAAUCAGCCUCAGCAGACCAGCGGAGCCGGGACGGCCCACCCUUCAACAAGGAGGUAAUGGGAGCUGCGACCUUGCCAAAGCCCUGAAUAAACCUCCGAUAGUAGUUGGUAAAGCCAAGGAAGUGCUGCACCUCCUUCACCGUGGUUGGAGUCGGCCAAUUACACACGGCUGCAAUGCGAUCUCCCUCCAUCUCCACACCUGUGGUAGUAAUGCGGUAUCCGAGGAAGGAGAUUGACUGCUGGAAAAACUCACUUCUCUGCCUUGGCAUAAAGAUCAUUUUCCAGCAGUCGGACCAGUACCAUGCGAACCAGGGACACAUGCUCGGCGCGCGUAGAGGAAUACACCAGGAUGGAAGAGUAGCUCAACCGAGCUACUCGCUCUCACAAUAAACAAAGACAAGGGGAACAGGGGGAACACUUAUACACAUACUAAUUAGGGGAAUGGUGUGUGUGAUUGACAAGACAAGACAUGACAAGUGGAGUGAUGAGAAUGGGAUCGGCAGUAGCUAGUAAGCCGGUGACGGCGAACGCCGAAACCUGCCCACACAAGGACGGGAGGCAGCCUCGGCGGAAGUUGUGACAGCUAUAUACUAAAUUUUGGUCCAAUUGGUCAAGCGGUUCUGGAGAAGAAAACGUUUAAAGUAGUCAACAUCAUAAAAAAGAGUCCAAAAUACAGGUAACUACUAAAAUGAAGGAAACACCAACAUAUAGUUUCUUAAUAAUGCUUUGGGCGACCACGAGCCACCAGAACAGCUUCAAUGUGCCUUGGCAUAGAUUCUACAAGUGUCUGGAACUCUAUUGGAUGGAUGCGACACCAUUUUUCCACAAGAAAUUCCACAAUUUUGUGUUUUGUUUGAAAACGCUGUCUCAGGUGCCACUGUUCAAUUGGGUUGAGAUCUGGUGACUGAGACACACACACACACACACACACACACACACACACACACACACACACACACACACACACUUUAAACCCCCCUAUGCUCCUUUGAGACCCUUCUUUCAAAGUCACUGAGAUCUCUUCUUCUAGCCAUGGCAGCCAAAAAUAAUGGCCAACUGGGCAUUUUCAUACAUGACCCUAAGCAUGAUGGGAUGUUAAUGAGUUAAUAAACUCAGGAACCACAGCUGUGUGGAAGCAUCUGCAUUCAAUAUACUUUGUAUCCCUCAUUUACUCAAGUUUUUCCUUUAUUUGGUAGUAACCUGUACAUCAAAAGCAUGUUGCAUGAUCUGUUUGAUUUUGAGUUCUGAUAUUCAGCAAGCAUGGUAAGAGUACAGAAGUAGCUCAUCCUAGAGUGAUGUGUCCAAUUUGUCCUGAUAGUGGUGCUGUGGCUGCUUGCAGCUAUGUUUUAUAUAUGUUCUUAGUUUGUGGAGAUGGUUGUGUGCAAUCUUUCCAUAAUUGUUACUGUCUUAUCCCACACAACAGAUGCAGGUGUGCCUGUGUACCUGUAUGAGUUCCAGCAAACUCCCAGCAUGCUUAAGAAGAUGAGGCCGAGUUUUGUUGGGUCUGACCACGGAGAUGAGCUUAUGUUUGUUUUUGGAUACUGCUUCACAACAUCACAUAUUACAAUUGAUGGUAAAUAAAUACUCUACCAACUCUACCUGCAAUAUAUACAAAAGUAUGUGGACACCGCUUCAAAUUAGUGGAUUUGGCUAUUUCAGCCACACCCGUUGCUGACAGGUGUAUAAAAUCGAGCACACAGCCAUGCAAUCUCCAUAGACAAACAUUGGCAGUAGAAUGGCUUUACUGAAGAGCUCAGUGACUUUCAACGUGGCACCGUCAUAGGAUGCCACCUCUCCAACAAGUCAGUUCAUCAAAUUUCUGCCCUGCUAGAGCUGCCCCGGUCAACUGUAAGUGCUAUUUUUGUGAAGUGGAAACGUCUAGGAGCAACAACGGAUCAGCCGCGAAGUGGUAGUCCACACAAGUUUACAGACAGGACCGCUGAGUGCUUCCAACUUUGUGGCAACAGUUUGGGGAUGGCCCUUUGCUGUUUCAGCAUUACAAUGCCGCGUGCACAAAGCGAGGUCCAUACAGAAAUGGUUUGUCGAGAUCGGUGUGGAAGAACUUGACUGGCCUGCACAGAGCACUGACCUCAACCCCAUUGAACACCUUUGGGAUUAAUUGGAACACUGACUGCGAGCCAGGCCUAAUCGCCCAACAUCAGUGCCCGACCUCACUAAUGCUCUUGUGGCUGAAUGGAAGCAAGUCCCCGCAGUAAUUUUCCAACAUCUAGUGGAAAGCCUUCCCAGAAGAGUGGAGGCUGUUCUAGCAGCAAAGGGGGGACCAACUCCAUAUUAAUGCCCAUGAUUUUGGAAUGAGAUGUUCGACGAGCAGGUGUCCACAUACUUUUGGUAAUGUAGUCUAUGUCAUACAAGCACUCACCACUAACUAGCUACUAACUCUGGAAUUGUGUCUUACAGCCUUAUGUACAGAGGAAGAUGAACAUCUUAGCGGAAUCAUGAUGAGUUACUGGGGCAACUUUGCUCGUACAGGGUAGGAGCUUGUUCUAUGUUUUUAAAACAAAUAUUUUAAACAAAAAUAAUAGGUAACAGUUAUAGAUUCUUAACUUCACUGUGUGUGUGUGUGUGUGUGUGUGUGUGUGUGUGUGUGUGUGUGUGUGUGUGUGUGUGUGUGUGUGUGUGUGUGUGUGUGUGUGUGUGUGUUUAGGUCUCCUAACGGGGCUGGCCUGGUUCAGUGGCCACAGUACGGACCAGAAGGAGAUUACCUGGGGAUUGGGCUGGAGCAGGUACCUGGUCAACACCUGAAGAGGGACCGUUUCACCUUCAUGACAAAGAUCCUCCCUGAGAAAGUGCGUUUGGUUCAAGAGAAGAUUAAGCACAGCGAGCUGUAA